UUGCGCGGUGACGUUUUUCUGACUCUCCCCCUGGUGGCUGCCUGCUCCCUCCGCCUUCUUCCCUCCACCACUGCCGCCUCAGAGACCGUGACCCGCAACCGUGUCGCCGCUUCUGUUGCCCUUGCGUGCCAUUUCCUCCUCCUCCGCUUCGGUGGCGAUGUGACUAUCCUCUCCUGGCUCGGCCCGCCCCGGCUGCGCGGCGAACAUGGCGGAGCCUUCUGUUGAGUCAGCAAGUCCAGGUGGGUCUGCAACAUCAGAUGACCAUGAAUUUGAUCCAACGGCUGACAUGUUGAUUCAUGAUUUUGAUGAUGAACGAACUUUAGAAGAGGAAGAAAUGAUGGAAGGUGAAACAAACUUCAGUUCUGAAAUAGAAGAUCUCACAAGGGAAGGUGAUAUGCCAAUUCAUGAGCUUCUUAGCCUUUAUGGCUAUGAUGGUACUGUACCACUACCAGAAGAGGAAGAAGAGGAGGAGGAGGAGGAGGAGGAGGAGGAGGGUGAGGGUGAAGAAAAUGAUAACAACAGUGGGUGCAGUGGAGAAAAUAAAGAGGAGGCCAUAAAGGAUUCAUCAGGUCAGGAGGAUGAGACACAGUCCUCCAAUGAUGAUCCAGCACCAUCUGUUGUACAGGAGAUAAUUCGUCCACGGCGCUGUAAAUACUUUGAUACAAAUAGUGAAAUAGAAGAGGAAUCUGAAGAAGACGAAGAUUAUAUUCCUUCAGAAGACUGGAAAAAGGAAAUCAUGGUUGGCUCCAUGUUUCAAGCUGAAAUUCCAGUUGGUAUUUCUAAAUACAAAGAAAAUGAGAAAGUGUAUGAAAAUGAUGACCAACUGUUGUGGAAUCCAGAUUACCUGACUGAAGAUAAAGUUAUUGAAUUCCUUAGUGAAGCUUCCAGACGAACAGGAGAUGAGAGAGGAAUAGAUGCAAUUCCUGAAGGAUCACAUAUCAAAGACAAUGAACAGGCUUUGUAUGAAUUGGUAAAGUGUCAUUUUGACACAGAAGAGGCACUAAGAAGAUUGCGAUUUAAUGUAAAAGCAGCCCGAGAGGAGCUAUCUGUCUGGACAGAGGAAGAAUGUAGAAAUUUUGAACAAGGGUUGAAAGCUUAUGGAAAGGAUUUUCAUUUGAUUCAAGCCAACAAGGUACGAACAAGAUCAGUUGGAGAAUGUGUGGCAUUUUAUUACAUGUGGAAAAAAUCAGAACGAUACGACUUCUUUGCUCAGCAGACACGAUUUGGUAAAAAGAAGUACAACCUACAUCCUGGUGUGACGGAUUACAUGGAUCGUCUCUUAGAUGAAAGUGAAAGUGCUGCCUCCAGCCGAGCACCCUCCCCUCCCCCUACAAUGUCGAACAGCAGCACCAGCCAUUCAGAAAGAGAGGACAGUGCAACCAGCAACAGUAAUCAAAAUGGUUUAUCCACUAAUGGGCCAGGUGAAUUAUCAAGUAGAGAAGAAGCAAAAAUUGAAGGGUUGCAUCUAAAUGGACCAACUGGCAAAAAAAAUCCUCUUGUGGAUUUAGAUACUAAUGGAUAUGAAACUGAAAACCUUUCCAAUCAUUCUAAAUCUGUUCUUUCAAAUGCAAGGAGUGAAAAUGAUUUUGAAGAAAAAAAUGAAAGGCCUGUGAAAAGGAGACGAGUCAACAGUAAUGAAAAGGAAUGUCCAGGUUCCUCAGAGAUUUUCCAGGAAGCAGUGGCCCUGGGAAAAAUUGAAGGAAAGGAGAGUAUGGAUGACUGAAUGUUUGGUUUUACUCCUUGAAAUGAUUUUUAGGGUGUCUGAAAUUUUCAGGGUUGAUAGGUUACCUUUACAAAUUCAAAUCCCUUAACAUAACUUAUUUAGAUUUUCAAAUACAUUUUGGUUGCUUUGUAAAUCUGACCAAAGUUAUAAUAUAAUUUUUUUAAAACCUGAAAUGCAGAUAUGAUAGAUGGGAGAAUGUUCUGUUGAACAGUGCUGCUUCCUGUUUAGCCAGUCAAUAAAAACAUGUUAUACAGGCAGUUCUCUGCAAAUUAUUCCAGAGCACUGAACUACUGUACAAAAUAUACUGUGGAAAAUAGCUUGUUCUAGUUCCUUAAGAUGAGAUACUAAAACAUAAAGCAGAAUUGACAAGAGAGAGAUCUUUUAGUCCACUGGAAGCAAAGCAGUGUUGGACAAUUAAAGAAUGCCUGUAGAGCCUGAAAGUUGUAUGUUAGAGAAUAUUUUUAUAUAUAUUUAUAAAUUAUCUAUCUAUCUAUAUAUAGAAAUAUUUUAAGAUAAACCAAGUCAGGUUUGUACAUGUAAAAUUGUUGACAUCAGUGAUGUCUUUCUAUAUUAUCUGGAUAUAAAAAUACUUUCUGUAUUUUUCCAGAUUCUUUGUAGCCUUUGAAAGAUUUUUACUUAAGUCAUGAUUGAACUGUCAUUUCUAAAACCAGUAUGUAAUUUUCCUAAUUUGUACAGCAUAGUAAACUUUUGAGAGAGUUGAUCUUCUAAGGAGUCUGUCAGCUUCAUUUUAUUUGGCUAAAGCUUUUUUUUAUUAAAAAGGUCACUCAGAGAGCAGUACAAAUUUUACAUAUUUAAAUUUCACACCCUAUUAUGAAUAUCAGAAUUUUCAACCUAUGUUGGGACAAAUGGUGACUUACUUUUUUUGUUUUUAGCAAGACACUAUGAUUGCACAACUGUUCCUACUUUUGUAAUCAUUUUUCAGAAUUAUUUUUAUGAGGCAGAACCUGAACAUCAGCUAAAUGCUUUAAAAUUACUAAGUAUUUUUAGCUGAGGUCAGAUAUUACAUUAUUCAUCCAUUUACUUUUACAUUUCAGUGAGCAAAGUAGAAUUUGGAAGUAAGUCAAAUAAUUCUGGCUGCCUUGAUGAGAAACAAAUGCACAGCUCGUAUUUGGGGCCUGAUCUUGCAUCCAAGAAAACCACUUGGAUUCACGCUGCUGCUGCUUCUCAGGAAGCAGAAGAGAUUUUGUGAAAAGCUAUUAUUACAUAUGUAUGUUUAUGUCUAUGAAUAUGCACAUGUAUGAGGUACCGUAAGGGCUUUUUACUUUAACAAAUACUUUGCUAGAAAUAAACUUUUGACAUUGUAGUGGAAACAGACCCAGUAACCUGGGUUCCUGUCUAUGAAAGGAUUUGGAUUAUGGCCAUCAUGAAGGUUUACAGUGUCAGUACCUUACUGCCAUGUAAUAUAGAGAAGUAGGCUAUCUGUACAGGAGAUUUUACAGUCAACCUGUCCUGAGGCUUGCUUGAAAAUUACCAGAAGUUGGGUUGGUUACUGGUCAUGACUAAAUGUCCAGUGGCUUUGAGGUCAUCCACACACUUUUAUAGUAGACAUCACUGAAGUUACUUAAAGGCACAGUCCUGUGUGUGUGUAGACAGAAAAGGGCCUACAACUCUCAGCAUGGACUCCUGGCAUAUGUAGGCCUUUUUUCUUCCUAAUUUGCAGUAGGAUUGUGCCCUUUAUUUAGCCUUCUGCUUUCUCCUGAAAUGUUGUGGCUGAAUUUUGUUUUAACACUAUAGAGCCAACAACUAGUCUUCAGCUCAAUAGUAGUGCAUCUUGAUAGGCAUAAUCUGCAGAUGUGUAAAUGAAAUCCUUAAUCUUGUAAACUUUAUUGCUUUAGGAAGGUCCCAUGACUGAUAAAUUCAUUUUGUUAAUAUGGGAAUCCAAAGUUUUUAUAGCCUCGUAUCAAAGAUUGUCUUUAGAGAGCAUUUCAGAGCAAAGCAGUGCAAUGCUUUUAGAAAUCUUACUGCAAUUCUGAAGACUUAUUUUUCUGUUCUUUGUAUAUUUUGCAGCUGAAAAUGUUUGCGAAAACAGUUCAUAGGAAAGUUUAUAAAUAUAUUGUUCUCAGGCUUGUAAGUAAAAUAUAGCACUGUAUAACAUUUGCAGACAUUUUACUUUGGUCCUCAAAUUUUACUUUAAUUGUAUGCCUAAGAAAAGUCCUGACAUUCCGUAAUCAGUAUGUAAUGCUCAGCUGUUCUUAAGUAUUUAAUUGUAAUAUGCAUUUUGUUUAUGCAGGUGUUUAUUCAAUAUUUUAUUCAUGUUCUUUACAAUGCAGCCACUAUAACUUGAUAAGACAUUGCACUAGUAGUACUAUUUAAAAUUCUAGUAAUAUAGUAACCUGUUCAAGAAUCUUUCAGUGCGGUUUUGAGAAGAUGAAAACUUCUUUCUUCCAAAAUUGGAUUGAAAAAUCAGUGCAGUUUGUGUAUUGUAAUUGUAAUGUAUAUUUUUAAGCACUAUUGUGUUCUGAUCCAUGAAGUGCAUUGUGUGCAGUCUGAAUCAAACCUUCAAUUCAACAGGUCUGACUGUUGGCUUUAUAAAAGGAUUUAAAGUGAUAUUUUGAAAGAAAUCUAAGAAUUUGCAAAUUAGUUUUUAUAAAUUUUUCACAUAGUACUUUUGCACUGUUGUAAAUCCCUGUGUUCCUGCCCUAGCUCCCUGUCUGCAAUUCUGAAAAAGCUUAUUAAAGUAUUUUUUUAAAUAUAUUGCUUACAUAAAUACAACUGUUGAAUAUUUUAAGA